GGCUCCUCCCCUUGUCCGCCCCAGUCCCGCGGUAGCCGGGUGUCCUCGCGCCCCCUCCGCGCGCUGCCUGGCAGUUUGCCUCUUCCUCAUCCGUCCUCCAGCUUGCGCCCAUGGCCACCGCCGCGACCGAGGAGCCCUUCCCUUUCCACGGUCUUCUACCAAAGAAAGAGACCGGGGCGUCCUCCUUCCUGUGCCGCUACCCGGAGUAUGAUGGGCGCGGGGUGCUCAUCGCCGUUCUGGACACAGGGGUCGAUCCCGGAGCCCCCGGCAUGCAGGUGAGGCGGCGCCAAGGGCCCGUAGCCGAGAGGCCCGAGCCUGGACCAAGGGGGAGACCGGACGGGCUGGGUUGGGCCGGACAGCUCUGGGCGACCACCGGGGCCGUUCCCUCUUCACACAAAAGUGGCGUGGUCAGCGUAGCUCUUCGCGAUCGGGGGGCCACGGGGAAGCUUUGCCGGUCUGCCUGGGCGUUCCAGGCUCCACACCUCUUCAAGGUCCGCACCCGACCUCGGCAAGGGGAAAUUUUACAGUUUUUAGUUUAUGGGGGCGCCACCGAUAGGAGUAGCAGCCUGGAAGAUCUCCUUGGGUCCUUGAAAUCCCCUGGCUUAGUCUUUUUUACAAAAGGCCCGACUAAUUUGUUUCGGGCGAACUUUUCAGGCCGUACGAAAAUAGGCGUUUUAAACGCGUCUAAGCUGAACAAUUUGUUGUACCUACAGAUUCCUGCAAACUGGACAAACCCUUCAGGAAAAUAUCAUAUUGGCAUUAAAAAUGGUUACGACUUCUACCCAAAGGCUCUCAAGGAAAGGAUACAGAAAGAACGGAAGGAAAAAAUCUGGGAUCCAAUUCACAGAGUUGCACUUGCAGAAGCUUGUAGAAAACAAGAAGAAUUUGAUAUUGCCAACAAUGGCUCUUCCCAAGCCAAUAAACUAAUCAAGGAAGAGUUGCAAAGUCAAGUGGAAUUACUUAAUUCUUUUGAGAAAAAGUAUAGUGAUCCAGGCCCUGUAUAUGACUGCUUGGUGUGGCAUGAUGGUGAGACGUGGAGAGCCUGUAUUGAUUCGAAUGAAAAUGGGGACUUGAGUAAAUCUGCUGUAUUGAGAAACUACAAAGAGGCCCAAGAAUACAGUUCUUUUGGCACAGCUGAGAUGCUGAAUUACUCUGUUAAUAUUUAUGAUGAUGGAAACCUGCUCUCUAUUGUGACCAGUGGAGGAGCUCAUGGAACCCAUGUAGCAAGUAUAGCUGCAGGGCAUUUUCCAGAAGAGCCUGAACGGAAUGGAGUCGCUCCUGGUGCUCAAAUUCUAUCCAUUAAGAUUGGUGAUACAAGGCUAAGCACCAUGGAAACAGGCACAGGCCUCAUCAGAGCUAUGAUAGAAGUUAUAAAUCAUAAGUGUGAUCUUGUCAACUACAGUUAUGGAGAAGCAACUCAUUGGCCAAAUUCUGGGAGAAUUUGUGAAGUAAUUAAUGAAGCAGUUUGGAAACAUAAUACAAUUUAUGUUUCAAGUGCUGGAAAUAAUGGUCCAUGCCUUUCUACAGUGGGUUGUCCAGGAGGAACUACAUCUAGUGUGAUAGGUGUUGGAGCUUAUGUUUCUCCUGAUAUGAUGGUUGCAGAGUAUUCACUGAGAGAGAAACUACCUGCAAAUCAAUAUACAUGGUCAUCUAGAGGACCAAGUGCUGAUGGGGCCCUUGGUGUGAGCAUCAGUGCACCAGGAGGUGCCAUUGCUUCUGUGCCUAACUGGACAUUGAGGGGGACUCAGCUAAUGAAUGGCACAUCAAUGUCUUCCCCCAAUGCCUGUGGUGGCAUUGCCCUGGUACUUUCAGGGCUGAAAGCAAAUAAUGUUGACUAUACUGUUCACUCAGUCAGAAGAGCUCUAGAAAAUACUGCAAUAAAAGCUGACAAUAUAGAAGUAUUUGCCCAAGGACAUGGAAUUAUUCAGGUUGACAAAGCUUAUGACUACCUCAUUCAAAAUACAUCAUUUGCUAACAGAUUAGGUUUUACAGUUACUGUUGGAAAUAACCGUGGUAUCUACCUCCGAGAUCCUGUUCAGGUGGCUGCUCCUUCAGAUCACGGUGUUGGCAUUGAGCCUGUAUUUCCAGAGAACACGGAAAACUCUGAAAAAAUAUCCUUUCAGCUUCAUUUAGCUUUAACUUCAAAUUCAUCUUGGGUUCAGUGUCCCAGCCAUUUGGAACUCAUGAAUCAGUGUCGGCACAUAAACAUACGUGUGGACCCCAGGGGUUUAAGAGAAGGGUUACAUUAUACAGAGGUAUGUGGCUAUGAUAUAGCAUCCCCCAAUGCAGGUCCUCUGUUCAGAGUUCCAAUCACUGCAGUUAUAGCAGCAAAAGUAAAUGAGUCAUCACAUUAUGAUCUAGCCUUUACAGAUGUACAUUUUAAACCUGGUCAAAUUCGAAGACAUUUUGUUGAGGUUCCUGAGGGGGCAACCUGGGCCGAAGUUACCGUGUGCUCAUGUUCUUCUGAGGUAUCGGCCAAAUUUGUUCUUCAUGCUGUACAGCUUGUAAAGCAGAGAGCAUAUCGAAGUCAUGAAUUUUAUAAGUUUUGUUCCCUUCCAGAAAAAGGAACACUUAUUGAAGCUUUUCCUGUUUUGGGUGGGAAAGCAAUUGAAUUUUGUAUUGCUCGUUGGUGGGCAAGUCUCAGUGAUGUCAAUAUUGACUAUACCAUAUCAUUCCAUGGUAUAGUGUGCACUGCACCACAGUUAAACAUUCAUGCAUCUGAAGGAAUCAAUCGUUUUGAUGUUCAGUCCUCUUUAAAGUAUGAAGAUCUGGCUCCUUGUAUAACUUUGAAGAGCUGGGUGCAAACACUACGCCCAGUAAAUGCGAAAACCAGACCUUUAGGAUCAAGAGAUGUUUUGCCAAAUAAUCGCCAGCUUUAUGAGAUGGUCCUGACAUACAGCUUUCAUCAGCCCAAGAGUGGAGAAGUAACACCUAGUUGUCCACUCCUUUGUGAAUUGUUAUAUGAGUCAGAAUUUGACAGCCAGCUGUGGAUUAUUUUUGACCAGAACAAAAGACAGAUGGGCUCAGGAGAUGCCUAUCCACAUCAGUAUUCUUUGAAACUGGAGAAAGGAGAUUAUACAAUUCGAUUACAGAUUCGUCAUGAGCAAAUCAGUGAUUUGGAUCGUCUCAAAGAUCUUCCAUUUAUUGUUUCGCAUAGGUUGUCUAAUACCUUGAGCUUAGAUAUUCAUGAAAAUCAUAGUCUUGCACUUCUAGGAAAGAAGAAAUCAAGCAGCUUAACAUUACCACCCAAAUAUAAUCAGCCGUUCUUUGUUACUUCCUUACCUGAUGAUAAAAUACCUAAGGGGGCAGGACCCGGAUGCUACCUUGCAGGCUCCUUGACAUUGUCAAAGACUGAGCUUGGAAAGAAAGCUGGGCAGUCUGCAGCAAAACGACAAGGAAAAUUUAAAAAGGAUGUGAUCCCUGUUCAUUACUAUCUCAUACCUCCACCAACAAAGACUAAGAAUGGCAGUAAAGAUAAAGAGAAGGAUUCAGAGAAAGAGAAAGAUUUGAAAGAAGAGUUUACUGAAGCGUUACGAGAUCUUAAAAUUCAGUGGAUGACCAAGCUGGAUUCUACUGACAUUUACAAUGAAUUGAAAGAGACAUAUCCUGCUUACCUUCCGCUGUAUGUUGCACGUCUUCAUCAGUUGGAUGCUGAAAAGGAACGAAUGAAAAGACUUAAUGAAAUCGUUGAUGCUGCCAAUGCUGUUAUUUCUCACAUCGAUCAAACCGCUCUUGCAGUUUACAUUGCAAUGAAGACUGACCCCAGGCCUGAUGCAGCUACUAUAAAAAAUGAUAUGGACAAGCAGAAAUCCACCCUGGUAGAUGCCCUCUGCAGGAAAGGAUGUGCCCUGGCAGAUCACCUUCUUCAUACACAGCCUCAUGAUGGGGCAGCUGCUGGAGAUGCAGAAGCAAAGGAAGAGGAAGGGGAAAGCACCAUGGAAUCUCUAUCGGAAACCUAUUGGGAAACUACCAAGUGGACAGAUCUUUUUGACACUAAGGUUUUGAUAUUUGCAUACAAGCAUGCAUUAGUAAAUAAGAUGUAUGGGAGAGGCCUUAAGUUUGCAACCAAACUUGUAGAAGAAAAACCAACAAAAGAAAACUGGAAAAAUUGUAUUCAACUGAUGAAAUUACUUGGAUGGACCCAUUGUGCAUCUUUUACUGAAAACUGGCUCCCCAUCAUGUAUCCUCCUGAUUUUUGUGUAUUCUAAAAUAAGAAACAAAACUUUAAAUUUCGAAACAGAAAAUUUUAUAGUGAAUGGAUAUAUGAACAAAUGUGUGGCAUUUUUAGUCUGACUAAUGCAUGUUUUCAUCCACCAUCCAAUACUGAUCAUUAAAACUAUAUGUAUUUAUCAGAGAA